AUGAACGAUUCAGCGGACGGCAACAAUGACGAUUUUUACCGCGCGGGAGCCUCGCCCUACAAGGCGGUACUGAUGGGCAUCAUCAGCGGGCUGAUCAUCCUCGGGAACAUCUUCAACAUCGCCGUCAUUCUCUACAACGAGAACCUUAGGACGGUGUCUGGCAGUUUUAUGGUGGCCCUGGCCAGCGCCGAUCUCGGUCUUGGCAUCUUCGUGGUCCCGUUUACCGUCCAGACUACCCUGGAGGGCGUGUGGACCUACCCGGAUAGAGUGUGCCAGUAUGUCGGCUUCAUGUCUUCAACCUUCACCCUCUCAUCGAUCUUCCUCCUCAUGGACCUCAGCAUCGACAGAUAUGUUUCCAUCGCCAAGCCUAUAGAAUACUACAGCGAACGCCAGUAA